AUCACCAAGAGUACUGGUGAAUUCCUUUCAAGUUUACCUCCACAAUUUUUUAUUAUUGUUUCACGCGCAACAUGAGGUUUAUUAUUUUGACAUGCCUUCUGGCGCUGAGUACAGCGAGACGUGUGCAAAUACGUCCACGGGUGACGGAGCCCCAGGUGUACUACGAGGAUGAUGAUGCCCAGGGGGAAGAGGAAUACUCUCCAAGUCCUGAGAUCUAUCAACCAAGAACCCGUGCCCUACCCUCUCCCCGUUCCAAAGACACCCUAAAUCCGUCAAAAGCGCCACCAGUCCAGACAAUCAGAAAUUAUAAUAAAGUGAAUGACGAUGGUUCCUUCACCUUCGGUUACGAGGCAGCUGAUGGCUCCUUCAAGGAGGAAACAAGAGGAACAGAUUGCGUGGUCCGUGGUAAAUACGGAUACGUUGACCCUGAUGGAAAUAAACGAGAGUUCACAUACGUAUCGGGGAAUCCCUGUGAUCCAAAUGCACCCAAAGAGGAAGAAGACGAUGACCUGCCAAGAAAGGGAGAGGACGAUGACCUCCCGGGACCCGCUAACUACCCAGUGAUCCGACCGCGCCCCAUCCAGAAUUAUCCCAGGACAACGACAGCCCGAGCCCCUACCACGAUCUUCCAGACAGAGUACGCCCUUCAAGACGACGACGCUAGCCAGGAGCUCGAAGAAGAGGAACCCAAGGUCGUGAUCAGACCGAGCACCUUCCGUGCGCGUCCCCGCCCUAAUUACCUUCAAGUCAACCCGAUCCAGGGUGAAUCACUAUACUCUGUGACACCAGCAGCGGCCACCACCCAGACAACGGCGUCGACCCCCUAUCACUCGACACCAGCCCCGAGAUAUCAGAGUCUGGCCAGUCCCACCCCGACCCGGUUCCAUCCAACCCCAUCCUACCAAGCCCUCGAGACCAGUUCAACCCCCCGAUCGAUCGCCCGUGAACGACCCCAGUCCGUCGCUAUCACUCCACGACCCCACGUUCAACAGGUUGCCGCCCAGUAUGUCUCCCCGAGUAGCACAGAACGCCCUGGUGUAGUCUACGCGUCUCAACGAAGCACCACCUCCAGUCCCCCAGUGUCGCCCAACGACAUUCACCUGAAUUUUGCAGCUGAACUCGAGCGUUAUGUUAACACAGUCCCCGUGACCAGCCGCCCGGUCCAGCCCAAAGGUCCUGUCCGGUCCCUGGACAGAUACAUUUCCGUUCGGAAAUUGGAAGAAUUCAAUGAAAUGGAAAGUGUUCAGGAAAGUAGGCAUUCUAGGCACGUGCAAAUUAUUUUAAAAAAAUGAAAUAAAAUCGUAGAU